GCAGGACCACCGUACUCCAGCACCGACUACUCCUGCACAGCCAAGAAAAACAUUUUUGAGCAGCAGCGAGACAGGAGACCAAAUACAGACAUGGUGUUCAGAGGUACAAUAUCUGAUGCUCCGGACUUUGAUCCCAGCGUUGAUGCUGAGACUCUGUACAAUGCCAUGAAAGGCAUUGGCAGUGACAAGGAAACGAUCUUGGACCUGAUCACAUCUCGGAGUAACGCACAGAGGCAAGAAGUCAUCUCAGCGUACAAAUGCAGCUUUGGGCAGGAUCUGAUUGAAGAUCUGAAAUAUGAGCUCACUGGAAAAUUUGAGCGUCUCAUCGUGUGUCUGAUGAGAACCCCUCCGUACCAUGACGCUAAGGAAAUCCAUGAUGCAGUCAAAGGAGCCGGAACAAACGAGAGAUGCCUGAUAGAAGUCCUGGUAUCCAGAAAUAACAAACAGAUGCAAGACAUGGUGGCGGCCUACAAGGACGCCUAUGGGAGGGACAUAGAGGAGGAUGUUAUUGCGGACACGUCGGGUCACUUUAAGAAGAUGCUGGUUGUUCUGCUUCAGGGGACCAGAGAUGAAUCGGGAGUGGUGGACGCAGACCUGGUGCAGCAGGACGCACAAGACCUGUAUGCUGCUGGAGAGGAGAAGUGGGGGACGGAUGAAGCAACAUUCAUCAUGAUCCUAGGAAACCGCAGUGUGACCCACCUUCGCAUGGUUUUUGAUGAAUAUGAGAAGAUUGCCGAGAUGUCCAUCGAGGACAGCAUUAAGAACGAGCUGUCUGGAGACUUUGAAAGGCUCAUGCUGGCUGUUGUCCAGUGUAUAAGAAGCGUUCCCAUGUUCUUUGCCAAGUGUCUGUACAAAUCAAUGAAGGGCCUCGGCACAGCUGAUAAUACUCUCAUCCGCAUCAUGAUUUCUCGCUCUGAAAUUGACAUGCUGGACAUCCGGGAGUGUUUCCGUCUCAGAUACGAGAAGUCGCUUUACAACAUGAUAAAGGACGACACGUCAGGCGAUUACAAGAAGACUCUGCUUAACCUGUGUGGAGGGGAUGAUGACUUAGCUGGAGAGUUCUUCCCCGAAGCUGCUCAGAUAGCCUACAAGAUGUGGGAAUUAAGUGCCAUGACAAAAGUACAGAUGAGGCCUACAGUCCGCCCUGCGCCUGAUUUCGACCCUGCAGCCGAUGCACAAGCUUUGAGGAAAGCUAUGAAGGGUUUUGGAACGGAUGAGGACGCGAUCAUUGACAUCGUUGCACAAAGAAGCAACGCUCAGAGGCAGGAAAUCAGACAGGCCUUCAAAUCCCUGCUGGGAAGGGACUUGAUGAAGGACCUGAAGUCGGAGCUGUCAAAGAACUUGGAGCGGCUGAUUAUUGGGCUCAUGCUGACCCCAGCAGAGUUUGAUGCCAAAAUGAUGAAGAAGGCAAUGGAGGGAGCCGGGACGGAUGAGCACGCUCUGAUUGAGAUCCUAGUUACCAGAAAAAACGAGGAAAUACAAGCCAUGAACGCUGCCUACAGAGAAGGCUACAAGAAGUCUUUGGAGGACGCCAUUCAUUCAGACACAUCGGGCCACUUUUGUCGCAUCCUUGUUUCUCUGGUGCAGGGUGCAAGAGAAGAAGGACCUGCAGAUGUGGAAAGAGCCUGUGCAGACGCUCAGGAACUUGCAGAUGCAUGCAACGCAGAGUCUGAUGAGAUGGAGAUGAAGUUCAUGAGCAUCCUGUGCACCAGGAGCUUCCCACACCUCAGGAGAGUGUUCCAGGAGUUUGUCAAAUGCACCAACAAGGACAUUGAGCAGAUUAUCAAGAAGGAAAUGUCUGGCGACGUCAAAAAUGCCUUUUAUGCGAUAGUUCGCAGCGUGAAGAACCAGCCGUCUUACUUUGCAGACCGUUUGUAUAAAGCCAUGAAGGGACUUGGUACGGACGACAGAGCCCUGAUCCGCAUCAUGGUGUCCCGUAGCGAGGUUGACCUUUUCAACAUUCGCAAAGAGUUCAAAGAAACGCACGACGUCUCCCUCCAUGAAUUCAUCCAGGUAGAGACUAUGAUUGUAAGUCUACGUCUUAGACCCACUAACACGCUUGCCAAGUUGAUUGUGUUCUCAUCCUACUUGUGUGUCUGUCAUGUUAUUCUGCUGGUUUUUUUGUUUUUUUUUUUGUUUUUUCUUUGUUGCCUUUUUGUUGCUCUGUGUGAGCAUGCAUCUGCAGAUACUUCACAGCAGCAGCAGCAGCGUCCUUCAAACGCUGCUGCUGUGGUGAGGUGGUGGGGUACGGUAAUCUAUAGCUUCCUGCGGUGGACUGCAGGCAUGUGGCUACCGCACAGCUGUUUAGGAAUUUCCCUAACCCAACUUCCUCUUCGCAUCUGCUGUGUGAUUGGCUGGCGGCUGCAGAGAUAGGAAGUUCCUUAAAGCCGUUCUAUAAUAACUUACAGAUGAAAUCACCCUGACACCAAUAAAGACUAGCGAGCAGAAUGCCCUGGAUUUGCUUCAGCAGAAAUAUUACCAAGCGCUGCAACAGAAAUAUAAAUAUGAGAGAUCACUUUAAUUUUCAUUCCAAUUUGCUUUAGACAUUUCGAGGCUUUUAUUUGCAGAGGAAAUGCCAAUUUGCACACUUUUUGUCAGAAAGUGGUCAUGGUUUAAAUGGAUGGAUAAAAGGAAUAGCUUUGAGAUAUUUACACACUCCAAAUAACCUUUGACUUUCAAAACUACAUGUUGAUUAAAAAAAAAAAAGUUUAUCCGGUGAGAUCAGAAGAGAGCUUUCAUCUCAAGUGGACACAACAGGAAUUUAUCUAAGAAUUGCAUUACAUCGCACAGGUGUUUCAAACUGAGAUGUCGGCAGGAUUGCAGGUGCGUAGAGGUGCCAGACAAAACAACCAAGUGACGGAAAAUACCUUUAUAUACAUACAUAUAUUUUGCUUUCAAUCAGCAGAAACGCAGUCGCAACACAAAUGUAUCUAUAAGCAAGAGAAAUAUAGUUUUGCAAUGCUGUACUGUGAUGUAGGCAUGUGAUGUUUUGUUUUAAGCAGAACUUUAUAAAUUUGUUAAUACAUUUGCUGUGCAAUCAACCACAUAAUUACAAUGUAAUUAUUCAAGUAACACAUAGAAACAAUUCUUUAC